ACCAACUAAAGACGAACACGAAUAUGAGGACGAGCACGAAUACGGUCAUGAAUACGAAGGCAAUUACGGAGACGAAAUCGACGACGAGGACAAAUACGAAGAUGAAUAUGACACCAACACGAAGAUGAACGAAUACGAAAAUCAAAAUAAAAACGAAAAACAAGACGAAUACGAAUGCGUAAACGAAUAUAGAGACGAAUACGAGGAUAAGAACAAUGACGAAUAUGAACACGAAUAUGACUACGAAGUCAAAUAUGAAAGCAGGUACGAAGACAACUACAAAUACGAAGAUCAACCGAAGAAAAAUACGAAAACAAGGACGAAUAUGAACGUGCAUACGAAUGCGAAGAGUAAUAUGGAUAGUAAUACGGAAGCGUAUGAGCAGACGAAUAAGAAAAAGAAAGCGAAUGAUGUCGAAUACAAAGACUACGACUAA